CACACUCUCACCCGUUCUCAGUAACCGAAUACGAAAGGGAAGAUAUUUCAGUUUCAGAUUUUCAGAUUUCAGAUUUCAUUUCCCAUCGUCAUGCUCCCUUCUUAAUAACCCUCUCUAGCACACGCAGCAGCGGCAAUGCUCUCCCUCCAACCACUCCUCCCUAUAAACCCCAACCGUCCAUCUCUCAAAACCCUCUUCUCCUGUCCUUCCAAAACCCUAACAAAUUUCACUUCCAUCAGCAAGAGCCGCAAGAUCCUCUCCGUUCUCCAGUGGAAUCGCCGUCCCCAGCUGUCCGGCCCCACCCCCCGCGUCGUCGUUGUCACCUCCGGCAAGGGCGGCGUCGGCAAGACAACCACCACCGCCAAUCUCUCCCUAUCUCUCGCCCGUCUCUCCUUCUCCGUCGUUGCUAUCGACGCUGAUGUCGGCCUCCGCAACCUCGACCUCCUCCUCGGCCUCGAGAACCGCGUCAACUACACUGCCCUCGACGUCCUCAACGGCGACGCCCGCCUCGAUCAGGCCCUCGUCCGCGACAAGCGCUGGCCCAAUUUCCGCCUCCUCUGCAUUUCCAAGCCCCGUUCGAAGCUACCCCUCGGCUUUGGCGGCAAGGCCCUGCUCUGGCUCGUCGAUGCCCUCAAAUCCCAGCCUGACAGCCCGCCCGACUUCAUCCUCAUCGACUGCCCUGCUGGCAUUGAUGCCGGCUUCAUCACUGCCAUCACUCCUGCUAAUGAGGCGAUCCUUGUUACCACCCCAGAUAUCACCAGCCUGCGUGAUGCCGAUCGUGUAACUGGGCUCCUUGAAUGCGAUGGGAUCAAGGACAUUAAAAUGAUGGUCAACCGAGUCCGCACCGAUUUGAUCAGGGGCGAGGAUAUGAUGUCGGUUCUUGAUGUUCAAGAGAUGCUGGGGCUGGCGCUUCUUGGGGUGAUUCCAGAAGAUGCGGAGGUGAUUCGGAGUACGAACCGGGGGUACCCGCUUGUGUUGAAUAAGCCCCCGACGCUGGCAGGGCUUGCGUUUGAGCAGGCUGCAUGGAGGCUAGUGGAGCAGGAUAGUAUGCAGGCAGUGAUGCUUGAGGAGGAGCCAAGGAAGGGUGGGUUCUUCUCAUUUUUCGGAGGUUAGGUGGAUUUUCGGCGGAUAUCAUUUCAUGGGUCAGUGUCAGAUUUCUGUGAUUCUGCGGGUUGUAGUGGAUUCUUGGCUGUUGGUUUGAUUUACUUUUGUAGCAGCUGUGAUUGUUUUGAGCAGAAGUAGAAGAGAGGGUGUGUACAGUGAUUAGGUAUGGUUUCUCCUUUUUCCAAGUAUUCUGUUAUUUUUUUCUUCUAUGGAUCUAGUUUUGAGGUGCAGUUGACUUUGCUUAUGCAACAUGUGACUUGCUACAAGUCUGCAAGUUUUUGUAUUUAUUUAGUGGAUUUCAUGUUGUAUAUGAGAACAAGAGGGGCUUGUAGAAGGAUUUCUCUCUCU